UUGCAAUUUUAGAAAUUCAUUUACAUAUAACAAUAAAUCAGGAACACAGAAACACAAACACAACACACAAUAAUGGAAGAUUCAACGGAUCAAAUUAGAGUUCCUCUGAUUCCCAGCAGGAGCCAUGAACAAGCUUCUUCUUCAUCCACAUCUCCGCCGCCGGAAGAAAACUCGCCGAUUCCUCAGGUGGCUCUCACGGUUCCGACCACCGACGACCCUUCUCUACCGGUUCUCACCUUCCGAAUGUGGUUCCUCGGAACUCUCUCCUGCGUUCUUCUCUCUUUUCUCAACCAGUUCUUCUGGUACCGCAAAGAGCCUCUCUCCAUCACUGCCAUUUCCGCGCAGAUCGCCGUCGUUCCUCUCGGCCGUCUUAUGGCUUCCACACUCACAGAUCGGAUCUUCUUCAAAGGAAGUCGCUGGGAGUUUUCGCUUAACCCUGGCCCUUUUAAUGUCAAGGAGCACGUUCUCAUCACGAUCUUCGCCAACUCCGGCGCCGGCUCCGUGUACGCGAUUCACGUCGUCACGGUGGUCAAAACCUUCUACAGGCAACAUAUGAGCUUCCUCGUUUCUCUCAUUGUCGUCGUUACGACUCAGGUGUUGGGAUUUGGAUGGGCGGGGAUAUUCAGGAAGUAUCUGGUGGAGCCAGCGGCGAUGUGGUGGCCGGCGAAUUUGGUUCAGGUUUCUCUGUUCAGGGCUCUGCACGAGAAAGAAGAACGAACCAAGGGAGGCUUAACCCGAACCCAAUUCUUUGUGGUUGCUUUCAUUUGCAGCUUCGCCUAUUACGUCUUCCCAGGCUACCUCUUCCAAAUGCUCACCUCUCUCUCAUGGGUCUGCUGGGUAUUCCCCACUUCCAUUCUGGCCCAACAGAUUGGUUCGGGCCUAUAUGGGCUGGGCCUCGGCUCCAUUGGACUCGACUGGUCCACCAUCUCCUCCUACUUGGGCAGCCCACUUGCCAGCCCAUGGUUUGCCACUGCCAAUGUUGCAGUUGGCUUUGUGUUCAUCAUGUACAUCUUGACCCCAAUCUGCUACUGGUUCAACCUUUACAAGGCCACCACAUUUCCCAUUUUUUCUGAUGGAUUGUUUACUGGGAAAGGCCAGAAGUAUGACAUUUCCGCCAUUGUUGACUCCAAUUUUCACCUUGAUCCUGCUGCUUAUACCAGACAAGGGGAGCUUUAUAUUAGUACUUUCUUUGCUCUAACUUAUGGUGUUGGCUUUGCUGCUCUUUCUGCUACCAUUGUUCAUGUUGCUCUCUUCCAUGGAAGGGAAAUAUGGCAGCAAAGCAAGUCGAGCUUUCAAGAGAAGACGAUGGACAUACAUACAAAGAUGAUGAGCAAGUACAAACAAGUUCCUGAAUGGUGGUUCGUGUUAAUUCUUGUGGCGAAUAUCGCACUCACCAUUUUCGCAUGCGAAUACUACAACGACCAACUUCAGUUGCCGUGGUGGGGAGUUCUACUUGCCUGUGGCAUUGCCAUUUUCUUCACUCUCCCUAUAGGAAUCAUCACUGCCAUCACCAACCAAACUCCGGGCUUGAACAUAAUCACCGAGUACAUUAUCGGAUAUAUCUACCCGGGAUAUCCCGUCGCUAACAUGUGCUUCAAAGUGUAUGGAUACAUUAGCAUGACUCAAGCCAUUACCUUUUUACAAGAUUUCAAGCUUGGCCAUUACAUGAAGAUCCCACCAAGAACCAUGUUCAUGACUCAGGUUGUUGGAACAUUAGUUGCUAGCGUUGUGUACUUGGGCACUGCCUGGUGGCUCUUGGAAACCAUCCCUGAAAUUUGUAGCUCAUCUCAAUCCUUCUGGACUUGCCCGUCGGACAGGGUGUUCUACGAUGCCUCGGUGAUAUGGGGGUUGAUCGGUCCUCGUCGAAUUUUCGGGGACCUUGGACAUUACUCAUCAGUAAAUUGGUUCUUUCUUGUGGGUGCAAUUGCUCCUGUUUUUGUAUGGUUGGCUGUCAAGGCAUUUCCACAGCAUGAGUGGAUCAAACUUGUCAAUAUGCCUGUGCUGAUUGGGGCCACUGCCUAUAUGCCUCCAGCCACCGCUGUAAACUACAUCACUUGGAUCAUUAUGGGGUUUCUUUCUGGAUUUGUUGCGUACAGAUAUAAGCCAGAAUGGUGGCGAAGGCAUAACUACAUUCUCUCAGGGGCUUUGGAUGCUGGUCUUGCUUUCAUGGGGGUGCUGUUGUAUUUCUCAUUAGGGCAGCAUGAGAUCAGCCUCGACUGGUGGGGGAAUGACCUCGAUGGUUGUCCGCUCGCGCAGUGCCCGACUGCCCCCGGAGUUACUGUGGAAGGAUGCCCACUCUUUACCUGAAGCAUUUUUGUGUUAUAAGCAUUUCUCUGUAGUUUGUACAAGAAAUUAUAUUGGCUAUUGAUUUCUCAUGCACUGAAUUUUAGUGUAAUUAUAUGGACGCAUGACAUUAUUUCAGAUUUGAGUUGCAGAAGGUUGUAAAA